UUUAUACUCCUUUAUAGCGCCCGCGUAUGUACGGGGUUUCACCUGAAAUAGAAGAACGCGGCAGACGACGGCCGGCGUGCGGCGUGACCUCGGCGUUGGGGAGCGGCGGCCGCUGACGGUGAUUCCCUUUUACUUUACUGGACCCGCGGCCGAGAGCUGCAGAGAUAGACCGACGAGCUGCUGCCGCCGCUGCUCUCCGGCCGCCCCGCGCAGAUUCAGAUAGAUCGAUCGACCGGAGCCAUGCCUCUCCCUGCGAACCUUGUAAUGGGGUCCGCCUUCGUCGCGCUCGGCGUCGCGCUCCUCGCCGGCUUCCUCUACGUCGCCGUCUGGUCCAAGGCCCUCGCGCCGAGCGACAACUGGUUCUUGCUCGCCGUUCAAAACGACAGGUAUUACUGCUUGCUUGUGCCCCUGACGGUCCCCGUCAUAAUCGUGGCUGUGUACCUGCAUUGGCUGAGCAUGAAGAUGUUUAAGCAUGCGUGAGGAGUAGCCGUGCUAAACAAAAUCCAUGUUGUUGAGAAUCAUCGUAGGCAUCACGAGUUCAUCACACUUAAGAUUGCAAUAUUUUUUCUAUAUAAGACAAAUUUCCUA